CGAAGAACAAAAGAACAGAGUGUGCUUCACGCAGCCGAUCGCGGACCUCUCGUCGCCGCUUACUGUUUUACUGCGGCAAGCAGUCCGUCUGUUCAGCGCGCGGGUUUAGGGUCGCGCAGGCACGAGAAAAAACGAACGAAAAUAAUUUAUGAAUCUUCCAAAUCGUUAUAUUAUAUAUUUAUAUCCAAAACAUUAUAAAUCAUUUUGGAGUACCUAGCGUACAUUAUUAUUGCCUAUUAACUUAUUAUUCUUUCGUUUUUUUUUCUUCCGUUCGCGUAUUUAGUUUUGAUGUACAAAGGCAGUCAGCGGCGCACAAAGUCUACCAGAACAGAAUUCUUUCGCAGUGCCGGGACAAAGGACUCGAGCAGGAGACUGAGGAUACAAAGUCAAGGAUAUUUAAACGAAACAGGACGAAAAAAAAGUUGUUGCCAUGCCGUCGCUUUUAGAAGCGAUCGUAGAGAAGUACGAAUGUUUUGAAGAUGAUACGUUCGAUCAGAUGCCUAUAGCAAUAUAUGUGCCACGUAAAAAUCCCAGGAAUAUGAUACCUAAUUUAUUGGUAUUAAAUGACUGUGACAUUGAUUCGGCCGGACAAGAAUCCGACUUGAGAGAUAAAUGCCAUGGUGUUGAAGAAUUGGAUUUAGCUCAGAACUGUUUGUCUAGAUGGAGUGAAAUAUUCAAAAUAUUACAUAUUAUGCCGAGACUGAAAUUCGCCAAUCUAAGUUUUAACAAUUUAAGUUCUGAUAUAAAUAGCGCGAUUGAGGUUUGCGACGACACUGGAGAAACAUACCCGUGUUUGAAGAGUAUUGUGUUGAAUUCUACAAAUAUUACAUGGCGCAGCUUUAGGCACAUAUUAAAACGAAUACCUAUGGUCGAAGAAAUACACUUGAGUAUGAAUAAUUACGACGUUAUCGACUUGGAUGACGACGAACAUUGUCAACAUAUUCAAAUGCCCUCAGUGAAAAGGUUACAUUUUACAGGAAACCCUGUGUCUACGUGGUCUGAAGUGUGUAAACUAGGUCGAGCAUUUCCAAAUCUUGAAUCGUUGGUGCUUGCUGAAUGUCCCUUGCAGUCACUUAUGACUCCACCACCUUCGCCGGAUUCUCACCUAGGACUGUUGUCCUACCCAAGACAAGGAAGUGGAUUUUGCAAUAUGACAUUGGAUUCGCCACACGAUGCAUUUACACAUCUUAGAUUCCUAAAUCUAAACAGAACUUUAAUUAGAACGUGGGACGACGUUGACAUCCUGGGACGCUUUCCUGCAUUAAGAUACCUAAGGAUACAAGGCUGCCCGAUAUUCGAAGAAAACUCUGAAAGACAAGAAUACACAGAACACGAACGCAGACAGUUGUUGAUUGCACGAUUAACGUGCAUACAAACUUUGAAUGGUGGAGCAGAAAUUACAGCUGAUGAUAGAGAAGAUGCUGAACGGUUUUUAAUAAGAUAUUACAUGGAUAAGCCUGAAAACGAACGACCAGAAAGGUAUAAUGAAUUGGUUCAAGUUCACGGAAAACUUGAUCCUUUAGUAAAUAUAGACUUGACACCUGAAAGUAAAGUUCAGGUGAAGAUUAUUUGUGGUGACAAAUGUGAACAACAUAUUUUAGAUGUAUAUCAGACCGUAAACGAACUCAAACAAAAAUUUGAAAAAUUUUCCGGUAUACCAGCACACCGUAUGCGGGUGUUUUAUAUGGAUCAACAUGUGUGUUCAGUUAUUGGUCCCGAAGAAAUGAAGUUUCCAAACAAGAGAUUAUACAGUUACAACAUAGUUAAAGGAGAUCAGAUAAUAGUCGAUUCAAAAAAAUGAAAUCUUUUACGAGCACGCGCAAAAAUACUGUGAAUUAUUCAGCGAUGAGUGACCUGUGAUAUAAAAAUAUUAAAUAUAUAUGAAUACACAAUAUUAUGAUUAGUUCUAUAAUUUUUAAAUUAAACUUAAUUAUUAUUUUUAUAUACUAGUCAGUAGAAGAGAGUACAGGUUCCCAAUAUUGGAGAUUUAAUAUUUAAAAAUAAUAAUCUUAUUAUUGUAAUCUUGGCGGCUUGUACUUGUUCUGCUUAAGUACACAAAAAUAUGUUUUAAUCAAAACCUAUUAAAUAUUUACAGUAUUUAAACAUUUGAACAAUAGGUGUAUGUACCAUUAUAUGUAUACUUUUAAUUCAAGACUUAGUAUAAUAAUUUAGUUAUAUGAUUGGACUUUAGUGUGUAAUACUAAUACUAGACUUGUAAUUCAACUUUUUUAGAAAGAUAAAGACUCAUUUACUUAAUUAUAAAUUAUAAUAACAAUUAAA